ACAUAGAAUGGUUUGUUUGUUUCGACCACGGAGUAUAACCACCUUGGUUUCGACAAACAUUCGCAGUGUUACGCUCGUGGUUGCUGAGUUUAAAAUCUACUCUUGAGAACAUUUGCCUACCUUUUUAUUGAAUUAUUUAAUUUGUAUAUUUACUAUGGCAGUGCUUAUAAGGGAUGUUGUACUGAAUGAUAAAUUACCUGCAAAGUUAUUUCUUGACAAACACUGUGAUUUUAUAUGCUCUUAUGGGAAAAAGAAAGAUGAUUAUGAAUACUGUAUUACUGAAUAUUUACGAUUGAGUGGCAUCUACUGGGGUCUUACGGCCUUGGACUUAAUGGGACAGGUUGAAAAAUUAGACAAGGAAUCUGUACUAGAAUUUUUAAAAAGUUGUCAGCAUAAAUGUGGUGGAUUUAGUUCCAGUAUUGGUCAUGAUCCUCACAUAUUAUAUACUCUUAGUGCUCUACAGGUAUAUUAUUUACUCAUUUAUAUCUGGAUAUUAAUUUUUUUGUUACUUGUGUUUGAAAAAAAUGUUAGAUUAAUUAAUCAGGAUUAAAAUAUGAUAAAA